GAGUGGCUUCAUUGGGCAUAAAUUUCCUCUUUGAAAACUUCAGCCUCAUUGUUGAGACUUUUGGGGAAAAAUCUUUGUGAACUAAAAAGGGUAGAGGUGUCACACCCAGCUAUGAAGACCAGUAUCCUGCUUAUGUUACUUUGGGGAUUGUCCUGUGCUCUUCCAGUCCCAGUAGCCAGGUAUCAAAAUACUGAAUCUGAGAGCUCUGAAGAAUGGAAGGGACAGUUGGCUCAGACACCAACACCACCUUUGGAGAGCAGUGAGUCAUCAGAAGAAAGUAAAGUUAGCUCAGAGGAACAGGAAAAUGAAGACCCCAGUGACAGCGCUGAAUCAGAGGAGGACUUUGAUGAUCAUCAAUAUACACAUAGACCAGCUGGUGGCCUUUCUAGGAAUGGAGGAAAAGAAGGAGCUGAUGAUGAAGAAGAUGACAGUGGUGAUGACACUUUUGGUGAUGAUGACAAUGGCCCAGGACCUGAAGAGAGACAAGGAGGAAACUCCAGACUCAAAAGUAAUGAGGACUCAGCUGACACCACACAAUCUAGGGAAGACAGUGCCCUUCAAGGGGAAGAUAGUGGCCAAGAUACCACCAGUGAGAGCAGGGACCUUGACAAUGAGGAUGAGGUGAACAGCAGGUCUGAGAGAGGUGACUCUGCUCGAGAGAGUGAGAGUGAGGAGCACUGGGUGGGAGGUGACAGUGAAGGGGAUAGUAGCCAUGGGGAUGGCUCCGAGUUUGGUGAUGAAGAAAUCCAGAAUGAUGAUCCAGACAUUAUCAGGAGUGAUAGAAGUAACUCCAGAAUGAACAGUGCUAGUGUCAAAUCAGAAGAAUCAAAAAGAAACAGUGAUGAACAAGCAAGCACUCAGGAUUCAGGUGAUAGCCAAUCAGUAGAAUAUUCCAGGAGGAAAAUUUUCAGAAAGUCCCGCAUUUCUGAGGAAGAUGAUAUAGAUGAGUUUGAUGAUAGCAACACAAUGGAAGAAAUCCAGAGCGACUCAACAGAAAACACCAACUCUAAAGAAGCUGGGCUCAGUCAAUCCAGGGAAAACAGCAAGAGUGAAUCUCUUGAAGAGAGUGAGGAAAAUCAGUCCCAAGAAGACAGUCAAGAUGUACAAGACCCCAGUAGUGAGUCUAGUCAAGAGGAUGAUCUGCCAUCUCAGGAAAGCAGUAGUGAAUCUCAGGAAGAGGUAGUGAGUGAGUCCAGGGGUGACAACCCAGAUAAUACCACCAGUCACUCAGAAGAUCAGGAAGAUAGUGAUUCCAGUGAAGAGAACAGCUUGAAUAAACCCUCCAGUUCAGAAAGUGAAUCCACAGAGGAGCAAGCUGACAGUGAAUCCAAUGAAAGCCUCAAAGACUCAGAGGAAAGCCCAGAGUCCACUGAUGAGGAGAAUAGUUCUAGCCAGGAGAGCCAGUCUCACAGUGCCUCAGCAGAGAGCCAGAGUGAAGAAAGCCAGUCUGAGCAAGACAGCCAGUCUGAGGAAGAUGAUGCCAGUGAUUCUCAGGACAGCAGCAAAUCAAAAGAAGACAGCAACUCUACUGAGAGCAAAUCAAGCAGUGAGGAAGAUGGCCAGUCAAAAAACACUGAGAUAGAAAGCAGAAAAUUAACAGUUGAUACUUAUCACAACAAACCCAUUGGGGAUCAAGAUGACAAUGACUGCCAAGAUGGCUACUAGCGUCAACUCUCCAAGAAGUGGCUCUCACCUAUAGGGAUCUUGGGAGUUGGAGAACAGGGAAAUCAUUAUAACUAUAAUUUAUUGAUUUUUUUAAUCAGAAGGACAACCAGAGGUCAUUUCUUUCUGAAAGGAAAUGUUGUAGGGUGUCACCUAAAUGUUCUAGGGUGUCACCAACUUAGAGGGUUUAAAUACUCUCAGGUGACACCAGAACACACUAAAUGAGACUGGAAGCAAGGAAAGAUGUACAUUAUAGCUUCACAACUGAAAUAGUUACUAACUCAUUAACAUAACAGUUACUGAGGUUCUAUUAUGUACCAGGCACUGUGCUAGGUGCUGGGAUAUUAAAGAAGCUUAAGGCUUGUUUCUUGCUCCUGAGGAGCUUAUAGAGGGAUAAAUAAACUUAAAAAAGCUAAACAGGGAUACAUAUGGGGGAAACAAGAAUUAUUACAAUGCAGUGUGUUAAGUGCUGUAAGAGGUAUGAACAAAAUAUAUGGAAGCACAGAAGAUGGGACCAACUUUGCCUUGGAAAAUCAGGGAGGUCUUCACAGCAGAAAAGACUAGUGCUGGAGCUCUGCAUAACAUUUCUUUGUUGAAGACAAGAGAAUUCUAUUCAUUCCUGGGAUAAACAAUAGUGAAUCCUAUAUGAUUAAAUAUUUAGUUUUUGAAAGCAC